UAGGUCGACAGGCAACUACCAAUAAAAGGCAGUGACUGUGCCCAGGAUAGGAGACAGUGGGAAGGGCAACCAGAAGUCCCCACAAAAAGCUCCCAUUACCUAAAUGACUGAUAAUGGUCUUCAGUUGCCAAAGAAGGUUGUGGAUGCCAAGAGAAAGGUAACCAGUUUCUCCGGUGCGGUUGGAUGCCUCUAGCAGCUCACCUUGGCUGGCUGUAGACAUGGCAGAAUUUGCUAGCUACAAGGAUGCUGCCUCCAGUCGUCACCUGCGGUUUAAGUUACAGAGCCUGAGCCGCCGCCUUGAUGAGUUGGAGGAAGCCACAAAAAACCUCCAGAAAGCUGAGGAUGAGCUCCUGGACCUCCAGGACAAGGUGAUCCAGGCAGAGGGCAGCAACUCCAGCAUGCUGCCUGAGAUUGAGGUGCUACGCCAGCGGGUACUGAAGAUUGAAGGUAAAGAUGAGGAAAUCAAGAGAGCAGAGGACCUGUGUCAUAUGAUGAAGGAGAAACUUGAAGAGGAGGAAAACCUUACUCGAGAGCUAAAAUCUGAGAUUGAGCGGCUACAGAAGCGAAUGGCUGAUUUAGAGAAGCUGGAGGAGGCCUUGAGCAGGAGCAAGAAUGAAUGUUCCCAGCUUUGUUUGAGCCUGAAUGAAGAGAGAAAUCUCACCAAGAAAAUCUCUUCUGAGUUGGAAAUGCUCAGAGUCAAAGUGAAAGAACUAGAGUCUUCAGAAGACCGCUUGGAUAAAACUGAGCAGAGUUUAGUGUCAGAAUUAGAAAAGCUAAAGUCAUUAACUCUGAGCUUUGUAAAUGAGAGAAAAUACUUGAAUGAAAAGGAGAAAGAAAAUGAGAAAUUAAUAAAAGAGCUUACUCAAAGACUGGAGGAGAACAAGAAAAUGAACCGAGAUCAUGUGAGGAAUGCUUCCACUUUUCUGGAAAGGAAUGACUUGCGGAUUGAGGACGGCAUAUCCUCUACACUGCCAUCCAAAGAAUCAAGAAGGAAGGGCAGCCUGGAUUACCUAAAGCAGGUUGGGAAUGAAACCAGAGACAAAUCAGAAAAUGAAAAGAACCGUAAUCAAGAGGACAACAAAGUGAAAGACCUUAACCAAGAGAUUGAGAAACUUAAGACACAAAUCAAACAUUUUGAAUCUUUGGAAGAGGAGCUUAAGAAAAUGAGGGCUAAAAACAAUGACCUUCAGGAUAAUUACCUAACUGAACUGAACAAAAACAGAACCUUAGCUAGCCAGCUAGAAGAGGUAAAGCUGCAAGUCAGGAAACAGAAAGAGUUAGGAAAUGGGGACAUAGAAGUGGAAGAUGCUUUCCUAUUGGGCAGAGGCAGGCAGGAGAGGACUAAACUAAAAGGCCAUGGGGUUGAGGCAUCUCUGUCCAAGCACACAUCCCGGGAACUGUCUCCUCAACAUAAGCGGGAAAGGUUACGGAACAGGGAGUUUGCUCUCAAUAAUGAAAACUAUUCUCUAAGCAACAAGCAAGCUUCUCCCAUUUUCACAAACAGAAGGGCAGCAAAAGCAUCCAACCUGGGGGUAGGUGCAGACAGUGGGACUCAGGAGACAAAGAGAACUGAAGACCGAUUUGCACCUGGGUCCUCUCAGAGUGAAGGGAAAAGGGGUAGGGAGCAGCCAUCCGUACUUAGCCGGUACCCUCCUGCUGCCCAGGAGCACACUAAAGUUUGGAAGGGAACUCCCAAGCCGGGCACUGAGAGUGGACUUAAGGGAAAAGUAGAGAAGACAACUCGAACAUAUAGUGACUCCACCCAUGGUUCUGUUUCCAAUGACACAAUGGGGAAAGGCGGUAAGACUUCUGAUAUGUCCUCUGAGGCACACUAUGGCAAGAGAGGACAGAUUCCUGGCAAUGGAAGUCAAGUAACUCAGCCUGCAGAUUCUGGGUGUUCUAAAGCCACUGGGGCUUUAUCAUCAUCUCGAAGAGCCUCCUCCGAGGGGCUUUCUAAGGGCAAAAAGGCUGCUAAUGGCCUAGAAGCUGAUGCCAAUUUUUCAAAUUCUAAAGCUCCUAUUUUAUCAAAAUAUCCUUACAGCUCAAGAAGCCAAGAAAAUAUUCUUCAGGGCUUUUCAUCACCAAAUAAAGAAGGAAUUGAUCAGUCUGUAGCUGUUGUGAUGGAAGACAGCAGUCAGCAUGAAGCCCUGAGGUGCCGAGUCAUCAAAUCCAGUGGCAGAGAGAAGCCAGACUCAGAUGAUGACCUGGACAUAGAAUCUCUUGUUACUGCCAAGUUGGUGAACACAACUAUCACUCCAGAGCCAGAGCCCAAACUCCAGCCAAACUCCAGAGAAAAGGUUAAGUCCCGAGGGGGACCUAGAACUGCCCUAUUUGAAAAUGAUAAAAAUGCUACAAUUGAAAAUGAAUCUGUGAAAGCUUCCUCCAAUGCUGUAGAAUUCCCAGAUGCCAAUGGUGCUGGGGUGAAAAGCCAAAGGCCCUUUAGCCCCAGAGAGGCCCUGCGGUCUAGAGCAAUUAUAAAACCCGUUAUCAUUGAUAAGGAUGUGAAAAAAAUCAUGGGUGGGUCUGGAACUGAGGUUGUAUUGGAGAAGCAGAGAUCUACUUCUAAACCGGUGACAAGCAAAGUGACAAGCAGUAUCACCAUCUACCCCUCUGACAACAGUGGCCCUAGAGCCAUCCCAGGGGAGGCCUCAAGAGAGAGGCAUACAUCCACCAGCAACAUCCAGGUGGGGCCCCCAGAGCUCACACCGGUUAGCAACCAUGUCAAUUCCCCUCUUGAGCUCUCUAUCCAUAAACAUGACAUCACCUUACAGCUCACAGAAGCUGAAAGAAUGGGAGAUGGGUCUCCAAAGAGUAGACCAGAGACAGUGGUCUCUAGGAGCAGCAUUCUAAUCAAGCCAUCAGAUUCUGUGGAGAAGAAUAGUCUUGCCCCGCCAGCGGAGACAAUCAGGUGGAAAAGUCACAGUGCCUCUUCAGAGGUGGGCUCUUCAGAUACCAGACACGUCACUGUGCGGAAUGCCUGGAAGAGUAAACGAGACUUGAAAUGUUCAGAAGACCCCCCAAGUCGAAUAGGUAGAAACAUGGAAACUACCAAUGCCUACACACAGAGGUCUUCCACAGACUUCUUAGAACUUGAACAGCCCAGGUCCCACCCUUCUGAACAGGGUACACGAAAGGUAGGAAAUUCAGGGGAUGCUCCUGAGCUCUCCUCAAGAAGGACCCAAAGUAGCCUCACUGCAUCAGAGGUACUCACCCGGAGGAAUCGGAUAGGAGAUACCAUCACUGCUGUCUCCUGGAACCACUCAGCAAACAUGGAGGAAGGGGAAGAUGGCACAUUUGUUAUCAGCAGGCGAGUGCACAACGCCCUGGAGCAUUCUGAACUGACUGGGAAGCAGGGGCUGCCAGCACCCGAGCGAGUCUGGACUGAGGAGCGACUACAGCCAGCCAGGCCUUAUGCUGAGGAAGACUGAGCCAGCUAGGUGAAGUCUGCUGUUUCUUCUCUCCUCCUGCUUCUCAGCUCCUCCCCAUUCAUGGCCUGCAAAGGACCCAAGGCCAGUUAACCCAGCUAGACACAAAAGUCUCGGCUGGGACACUGUAGAGAGCCAGGAUGUGGCUCAGGUAAAUUUUGUCAGUUGUCCAGAUAGGAUCAGACUACAAACCAGUCACUCAGGCCCAGCCUUCCCUGAUGCAUGAGUAGUCCUCUCCUAUCUCUAUCCCCAAGGUAGCAUGGACCACUCUCUGACCCCCAAAUGGGAAGUUACAGAAAACCCAGCACCAUAUAAAGGUAGCCAAAAGUUUUCAAUUCUGCUCCUUGGUGAGCGGUUUCAGCCCCCUUUGCUCUGUAGUUGAUGCCAAUUUGUCUCCUCACCAUAUCCAGUUUGCUCUGUUUGCCCUGAGGGGACCCCUACCCCCUGCCAAGAGCACAUUAAGAGUUAUCAGCCAUCAUUUCCAUCUAAGAGGCUUACAUUCCUUCCUCUUUUGAGUUCUUGAGAAUUUGGAAACAAAAAGAGUCAGUGCUGCUGCCCCUGAGUAUUUAUGGGACCACCCUUACGUUGAAGCUCCCCUGACCUGACUUAGCUAACCAGUUUCUUGGGGGCAGAGCAUGAUACCCAAUGGAAGGACACCAUCCUCCUACUCCAGCUCACCUUCCAAAAGCAUCAGAAAUGGAACUUGGGCACCUGCUUUCCUGGGCACCAACACUGCAGCUGGCAUCAUCACCUUUGCUCUUUCUGGGGGCUGGGAACUUCAGCUGACUUCAUCGCUCUCAUCUUGGGAAAAUCCCUAGACUGAGCUGGCUGACCUAGCAUACUCUGCCUUCUAGGAAGUGCCCAGCAAAUGGAAAAGCAAACAAGAACAAAGUAAUUCCUUUAGUCACUCCACAAGCAAUAGCUCCAUGAAAGGCAUGGACUGACUGUUCCCUCCCUUUCCUCCUCCAUCCCCUGUGGAGGAGGCUUCGCACUUUACCAUGCUGACUGCUGAUGCACCAGCCCCAUAAAAGCAAGCCCUUGGUAUCUACGAGCAGACCAUUAUUUCAGUGAUUUCUUCGGAGGAAAGCCAAUACCUGCCUGUUGAGGGCCUCAGAUUUAUGCAGUUCAAAGUGCAUUAAGCCUUUUAGGAAGGCAGAUAAAUAAACUUUUAUUUCCUUAUACCAACCACAUGGGGAGGUUAAGAACUGUUUGCUUGUUGCUGAAUUUUCUGAAGCAUUCUUUCAGUUCAAAGGGAUCCUCCAUGGCUACCUUUGUGAAGUAGAUGUCAUUGCCUUAUCACUAGACCUAGGAGUCUGGAGUCUGGAAAGCCACUUU